UUCCUCCAAACCAGUUCCAACAAUAACAGCAACUCCUGCGUGCAGCUGCCUUGUUAGGGAGAAGAUGUAUUUUUCCUUUUUCUACUGAGGGAUGAAGCUUCCAAAUCUGUGUGAUGUGAGCAGGUGAGGAUGUCUGCUGACAAGUCCAAAUGAUAUUUUCAGGUGUUCUACUGAUCUUGGCACUGACAGAAGAGCUGGUGUUUUCUGUUCAGGUACUGUCUCCCAGUGUCUCCUCCUCUCAGGGCUUCCCAAUGGACACUACAACUAUCACAGCCAUGGGAACAACACCUCGCCACAAAGACAGCCACGCGGCAGAGCCCCUUCCCACAUCCACUCGUGCCAUUCCCCAUACCGUCAGCCUGGCAGAGAAAGCCCCUUCCACCGGGCAAAAGCAAGCAAGCAGCCCUCGCGUCGGCGAAAAGGAAACGUAUCGUUUAUACAACCAGAGUGCUUUGUACUCGGGACAGACUCGCCCCAAGGGGAAAAAAUUCCAGGUUUUCAAAGGCAACUUCACGGAGUCCUCAGAGCCUUACCUAAAGACGACCCUGCAUUCUCCCUUCCCUACCCUGAGGACCCCUUUCACAGACCACCCGUUUCAGUCCCAGACAGCAGCGUCCAGCAAUCCCAAUGGCACGGGGCUGGCAAGAACUACACACUCAGACCCUUCUCCCCACCGCAACGCUUCGGGAAGCCUUAGGGAAGCAGAGCGAGGGGAUGGGGCCGAGCUAGUGGUGCAGGAGGCAGAUUUUGCCACCACAACUGCUGGACCAUCAACUGAUCCUGAAGCAGUGUCGGUGCCUUUUAAACCCACCCGCUAUGGCGUGUGGGAUAUGCUGAGCAAAAACAACUCUUGGGUAACCUUGAAUCUCAGUACAAAUGUCCCUCUGUUUGCUGGCCCUGGAUCUGCAACAGCAGCAGCGGGUCACUCAGUCCAGACCAGAUUUGAUGUCAGUGUCUCCUCCCUGGCAGCGGGAGACCCCAAGGGACCCACUCCAACGCAGCACAGCGCGGUGACUAACGCAACCUUGCUGGGCAGUGCUCUUUCCGCAGCGCCCGCCACAAGGUUGUCCAGUUCCAUUUCCACAGCUGGCUCCACCGCCACUGGGAACUUCCUAAACAGACUGGUUCCUGCUGGGACCUGGAAACCUGGGGUACAAGGAAAUAUCUCCCAUGUCACCGAGGGGGACAAACCCCAGCACAGAGCAACCAUCUGUCUCAGCAAGAUGGACAUUGCCUGGAUCAUUCUGGCCAUCAGCGUACCUAUAUCCUCAUGCUCAGUUCUGCUGACAGUCUGCUGUAUGAGGAGGAAGAAGAAGACAUCUAACCCAGAAAACAAUCUGAGCUAUUGGAAUAAUGCUAUUACCAUGGACUACUUCAACAGGCAUGCUGUAGAGUUACCGAGAGAGAUCCAGUCCCUGGAGACUUCAGAGGACCACCUCUCUGAGCCACGCUCCCCUGCCAACGGCGACUACCGUGACAGCGGGAUGGUCCUCGUGAACCCCUUCUGUCAAGAAACACUAUUUGUAGGACAUGAGCAAGUCUCUGAAAUAUGACCCCACAGCUGCCCGUGUAUUGCAGUUUCAUCUCUACUGUCUCCAAAUUAUAAAUAAAUAUAUAUAUUAUAAAUAUAACCUUUGUGUAACCCUGGAUUACAAGAAAUGUUUUCAGCUUUUCUUUUCUCCCUCAGAACUGUCAACCCCUUUUUUAUAAGUGUGGUAAAACUUUACAGAACAAACUGUGGCUUUAUAAAAUAAAGGUAUUUCUAAGCAAAA